UUAUAAUAAAUUCCAAAACCGAGUUUACCCAUGCCACUUUUUCUGUUUUCAAUGGUGAAAGUUCACAACAAUUUUAACACAAUGGCACGGCAGAAAAGGCAAAGCAUAAAAUGACUUAAUUCCAUUGAAGUGAGUAGGUUCUGGUGCUGACAUAUGGCAGUCUGAAUUUCUGGAAGAGAUUGGUUAAAUUGUGGGAUUUUUUGAUGUUGUCUUUCUUUCUUCAAUCGUUUCCUUGCUUUUUAGCUCUUUACUGCUGUGGACCUGCUCCAGUAAAAGCAGUCAAAGAAGGGGCAGUGGAGAUGAAGUAUGAUGUUCCGUUUAUUUAUGCGGAGGUCAAUGCAGAUAUUGUCACUUCGAUACGAGGCAUGGAUGGCACAAAACAAAUCAUAUCUGUUAAACCUAGACACGUGGGUCAAUUCAUCAGCACCAAGACCUGUGGCUCCAAUAAUCGUGAUGAUAUCACAAAUGAAUACAAGUUUCGUGAGGGGACUGAACAAGAAAGACAAAUAUUUAAUGAAGCUCGGCUCAGAAGUAAACUGCAAGUUGCGCCAGUACAGAAAUUCCAAUUGCAAAUGAAAACUGAAGAAUUGCUUGUCCACGGAUCUGAUAUUCAUGCUCUUGUGUAUAUCACCAAUAAUAGUUUGGAGAACAUGGUUUGCAAGCUUCAUCUUAAUGCUCAGAUACUGAAAUAUACUGGAGCAGUUUCAACAACAUUCAAGGAAUUGCGUGUGGACGAAGUUGCAAUUAAUAAAAACGAAGCUGCAACAGUGCCUUUAGACAUACCCUUCUCAGAGUUUGCCUAUCUCCUGGAAAACCAUCGUACGAUCAAGCUGACAGCAUUGGCAAAUGAUUUAAAAACACAUGAACAAGGAUUGGCAAUGAAAGAUCUUUCUGUAAUCAGUCCUGAAAUCAUGAUACAGACCCUAGGGGACGCAUAUGUGAAUCGUGAGCUUGUUGCUGAAAUCGGUUUACACAAUCCCUUGUCUGUAUCAAUGCAUAAUUGUAUCUUCACUAUCGAAGGACUGGGACUGAUCAAAGACAAGGAACAGAUUAAGUAAGUAGAAAGAGAAUUAGUUGCUGAACACACUCUUGAGCAAAUAAAUUAUUUGCUUUUUGAAUGCAAAUACAGUUACUCUGGCAAUCCUUGAAUUAUGCAACACAUUAUUGGGAUCUUUUAGUCUCCGAAAGGCAGGUGCAAUGGUGAAAUCGGAAAACAAUUCAACUUGCUCUGACAUACAGUGAAUACAUAGCAUUCCUUAUUUAUCAAGUGAAAGGUGAACUUGCCUAUCUCUGCAUAUGCAUAACUUGCAGCUCAGAUGUAGUCAGUGUUUUCUAUUUGUCCAAUUGAAUAACCUCACCGUAUUUAAGUUUCAAGUUUAAGUCUACUGAAGGCAAGUUGUGAAGUUGAAAUAUAUUAAGCAGAUAAGAUUAACCUGAUGCAAAAAUGUGAUAAUUGGAUUCAUAUAACAACCUAACGGGUUCAUCAGAGAAGAAAUCUCUCGGUCUUGGCUGAUCAGGGUUUAUGUCUGACUCUGGUUUAAGCCUCUAUGUUUGAACCAAUAUCACACACAUCAUUUAUGUUCCAUGUCUGGGACCUUAUGAACAAUGUCAAUACAUGAGACCAUUAU